GUCAAGCCUUUGUCGGUUACGUUUGCCCCAGCCGCAGCGAGCCGAAGCUAGCCAAUCAGUCAGYCAGAAUAGCCAAGUUCGAUUCUGAAUACCCAAGCCCUAGAGCACAGUCACAGGCACAGUCUACAGAAACUCGGAAGAACAGUUAUCAAUUGUGACUAUAUACAUAUAGUGCAUAUAUGUAUAUGUAUUCAUGCAUAUACGUAUCUGUAGUACAGUGCGAAGCCUGUAGAUUAUCCAAAGCUAGCCAUCAAAUCAACUGAGCAAAGAGAACAGCUCGAAAAUUGGAACUCAAAAAUUGUGAAAGUCAAGUGGAAGCGCAAGGGCUUUUAAAGGGCUUCAUUAAAUAGCAAUUACAGCACACUCUGCUCCGCUCUCUGACACACCCACGUUCGCUCGAAUCACAGCCAGAAGCCAUAACCCAGCCCCGCUACGAUGUCGGAUCUUCAGGACCAGCAGGACACCACGAGCGGCAGUCAGAGUCAAAGUCAAAGUCAGAGCCAGAGUCAGAGCCAGAGCCAGAGUCAAAGUCAGAGCCAGAGUCAGAGUCAGAGUCAGUCUCAAAGUCGGUCCACGCCAUCGGAGUCGUCUGCUCCGCCAGUGACUGAGGAGCAUGAGCCGCCCAGCAGCAGCAACAGCAGCAGCACCAGCGCCGGCCUCAUCGAUGGCGAGCCGGACGGCGACGGAGCCAGGGAUAUGGAACGGGACAGGGACAGAGAGGCCCAUGGCGAGAGGAUACACAAGGAUGACUUUGGGACGCAGCGUGUGUACAAGAAGACGUCGCCGAAUUGCGUGAUCACGCUCUAUUUGCCAACGCGCGAGAUAAUACUCAGCGGCAACAAUCCAUCGGUGCUGCGUGGUAUAGUCUAUGUGGACCCGAAGGCCAUUCAAGGAUAUCGCGUUUAUGCGCAGCUAACUCUGACAUUUCGCUAUGGGCGCGAGGACGAGGAGGUGAUGGGCCUGCGUUUCUGCAACGAGGCCAUUAUGUCGCUGCAUCAGAUUUGGCCGCGCCUCGAGGAGCCCUCGCCUGAAACGCUCAGUCCACUUCAGGAGGCCCUACUGAAGCGACUGGGCGAUGGGGCUCAUCCGUUCACCUUAUCGCUGACCGCCCAGGCACCACCCAGUGUCCAGCUAGUGCCAGCCAAACGCUACUACGGAGCCCCCAUUGGCACCAGCUACGACGUACGCUGCUUCAUUGCGGACAAGACGGACGAAAAGUUCCAUCGGCGGGCCUCCGUCAAGAUGGGCGUGCGGGUCAUCUAUCGCACCGACGUCUUUCACCAGCAUACCGCUCCGGAGAACUUCGCUGCCUUUGCCGGCCAGAACUCCAACGCAUCGACCCAAUCGCCGCCGGCCAGCGCCACGCCCCCAUUGAGUAACAGCGACGGGCACGAGCCAACACCCAGCACCAGCAGUGCAGGCGGAGGAGGAGGAGGAGGAGGAGCCGCUGGAGGAGGAGGUACCGGUACCGGUACUGCUGCGGGCGCGGGUGCCAAGGGCGCCAAGUCCAAGUCGGAGCGCGGUGAUUCAUUUCCCAAGCUGCGUCUCUCGCCCAAGGCGUUUAGGUUCAGCGGACGCUUUGGCCGCAGCAAAAGCGAAAUCGAGCGGUGCCCCAACGACCCAUUCCAUUGCUACAGCAAGUCCUUCCAGGAGCACUGCGACAACACUGGCUCCGAAAUGCUGCCACCCCAUAGCAAUGCCGGCGUCACCGGCGGCAUUGGCGGCAUCAGCGUCGGACCUUGCGGCGGACCCCAGGGCGCCGUCGAUAAACCGUUUCUGCUGCACGACGGCCGCGUCGGCCUGAGGGCCAGCCUGGACAAGGGCUGGUAUACGCACGGCGAGGACGUCAAUGUCACGGUCAACAUACGCAACGAUAGCCGCAAGACGGUGCGCAAAGUGCGGGUCUGCGCCAUUCAGCACGUGGACGUCUGCAUGUUCAACAACGGAAAGUUUAAGAACGUCGUCGCCGACUCGGAGAAUAUUUCGCCCGCCGUGGACCGCACCGUACCGCCGGGUGGCACUUUGAACACCACCGUGGCGCUGCGGCCACAGCGCGGCCCCACCAAGAACUGGAUCGCACUGGAGGAUACGCUGCAGCGCAGCACCGAGCCGGAUGAGAUAACUGGCGCCAUUGCUGCAUCGGCCAUACGCUCGCCCAACUUCGUCAUGCAGGCCGCCCAGCUGCUGACCGGGCAUCCGCUGGCCAGCCCGGCCAUGGCCAUGCCCCAGCCACCGAGCUCGGCGGGCACAGCCAGUGCUGGCGGCGCUGGGAGUGGCUUGGGCGACGAUCGCAAUGUGUUUGCCAUUUACGUGUCGUACUAUGUGAAAGUGAAGCUAACACUGAGCGGCAUGGGCGGGGAGCUGUCGCUGAAGCUGCCCUUUGUGCUCGUCCAUGUGGAUGAGUCGCUGCGCCCGGGCCACACCUCGGCCACGGUGGCCGAGCUGCGCAUGGAGCGGCUCACGCUGCAGGAUGUGCCAGCCGGGCGCAAGAGCGCCAAGCGCUCCUCUACCAUGAAUAAAUCCUCGAACACCUCGCCCUCAUUGGUCGAUGGCCCAUCCACGAGCGCUGCAGCCGCCGCCGCAGCGGCCGCCAGUGCCGGCGUCGACGAUAUCACCCAGCUGGACGUCAUCGAGGCGGCGGACGAGGAGUUCAACAUAUGUGUGCCCGUGCCAACUGGGCCGCCGAAGCCCAGCUCCAGCAGCCAGAAGCGGCGACUGCAGCGCAGCGAGACAUUGGCCCGAGACAUCGACGAGACCGAGGAGGAGCAGGAGGUCGAGCAGCAACAGGUCGAACAGCAUGUCGUCCAGGUCCAUUUGGAGCAACUGCGCGAGGAGGAGCGCCCGCAGCCAGCCACCGAGACGGGCGCCGUGCCAAAAACAACAAAUGUUUGAUUCUGAUUGUGGUCUCAGAUGUUUGCCAAACGAAAGAAGCCGUAGAAGGAGACUGAGGAGGAGACUGAGGAGGAAGAGAGGCAAACGUGGGCCGGACAAAGUCGAGAGAAGGUCAAUCGAAAUUGGAAGAGCGACCGUAGUGAAAAUGAAGAGCGCACUGAAGGAGAAGACGACGAAGAAGGUGUUAAUGAAGACGAAGAUGAUGAAGUAGAAGAAGAAAAAGAAGAAGAAGGUAAAAGUGUAUAUUUGAUGCAAAAGCGUAAGCGAUUCAGUUUCGGUUUCAAAUGAAAAACGAUUUCACGAUUAGCAUAGAGGGUGGGCGUGGAUUUGAAAGGUGAUGGAGAUGGUGGCGUUGGUGGGGUUGGU